AUGCACUCCCUGGAUGAACCCCUCGACCUGAAGCUCAGCAUCUCCAAGCUGCGGGCCGCGAGGGAGACCUGCGACAAGGGCCACGCCAAGCACCAUGGCCUGCGCCGGGAGUUCCGGGCCCUGCAGGACAGCCCCGCCUCCCCCCCGGAGGGCCUCCUGGCACAUUCCAAAGGGCAGGACGGCUUCUCCUCGCCCCCCACUGUCGACCUGAGCCUGUCCCCUCCUUCGGGCCUGGACUCCCCCAGCGGCAGCACCUCCCUCUCCCCAGACCGGCCCAGCAGCGGGGAGCUGGCCACUUCCUCCACCCUCCGAGAGCUGCAGUCGCUGCGCUACAUUGAAGGCCUGCACCGCUCCUUCCAGUUCUUCCUGCCCCUCGGCUCCGGGGGUGCACUCCACCUGCCCUCCUCGGCCUUCCUGAGCGGCCCCAAGGAGAAGCGCCUCUCCCCAGACUUGCCCCUGCAGAAGCAGCUGGUGUGCCGGUGGUCCAAGUGCAACCAGCUCUUCGACCUGCUGCAAGACCUCGUAGAUCACGUGAAUGACUUCCACGUCAAGCCCGAGAAGGACGCUGGCUACUGCUGCCACUGGGAGGGCUGCGCACGCCACGGCCGGGGCUUCAAUGCCAGGUACAAGAUGUUGAUCCACAUCCGGACGCACACCAAUGAGAAGCCUCACCGCUGCCCCACCUGCAACAAGAGCUUCUCCCGGCUGGAGAACCUGAAGAUCCACAACCGCUCCCACACCGGAGAGAAGCCCUACGUCUGCCCCUACGAAGGCUGCAACAAGCGCUACUCCAACUCGAGCGACCGCUUCAAGCACACGCGCACCCACUACGUGGACAAGCCGUACUCCUGCAAGAUGCCCGGCUGCCACAAGCGCUACACGGACCCCAGCUCCCUGCGCAAACACAUCAAGGCCCACGGGCACUUCAUCUCCCAGGAGCUGCUGAAGGCCCGGCCUCCUACCACCGGCCCCGACCUGCCCUUCCUCCGCGGGGCCCAGCUGGUCAUCCCCAACCCCAGUGCCCUCUUCGGCAGCCCCGGCCUGCCCCUCACGCCCGCCCCGCUGGACCUCAGCACCUUCGCCUGUGGGGGGAUCGGGGCCACAGCGCUGCCGGGCCUGGCCGGGCCUAUGAUGGCCCCCCUGGACUUGGCCAAGAGCCCCCUGCUCUCCUCCCCCUUCGCUGCCAGCGGUCUGGGGCUGCCCGUCCUCUCUCUGCUGGCCGGGGCUUCUGCCAAGGCUGGGGCCGAGCGGGCUCCCCUCGGCUGUGGGGCCCGGCUGGGCAAAGGGAGCCGCCCUCAAGGCCCCCAGAGCUGCAAGGAGGCCAACGAACGGGCAGAGCUUGCCAGGCUGGGGGGGUCGCCUCCGGAGGACCUCCCACUGCUGCCAGGGGGCGUCUUGGACCUCUCGACGGGCAUGAACUCCUCGGGGGGGAGCGGCGAGGCCCUGCCUCCGGGCUGGGUGGUCAUCCCCACGGGCUCCGUCUUACUGAAGCAAGCGGUGGUGAACUGACG